GACUUGUGUUGUGAAUUCAUGUACAAAAUAAAAAGACUAUCAUUCAGAUUUGAGUAUAUUAGCUGUAUAGAAGAUGAUGAAGAAGGAAUCAACCAUUGUGUUCACUGUUAUUUGUGUGUACAUUUUGCUAGGAUCACCAUCAUGCAUGGUGUUUGGAAAUAUUCAAGAGUGCCAAACUGCAAGAGAUUGUGAUCCUGCAUCUUGCGAUGGAAUUAUGGUUUGUCCUGAUGGAAUUUGUGUGUGUGAAAAGGGAACAAGGAGGAAAGAUUCUUGCAAGAAAGACAGUGAUUGUAAAACCAAAUGUCCACCUAAAUGUAUAGCAAAUUGUUUAUCUGGAAUUUGCUUUUGUACUGAAUGUGAGAGCCAAAAUUAAGACAUGUUUGAGGUAUAAGAGAACAUUUUAUCUUAUUAUAAUGAAAGCUUAAUUAGUCUGCCAAAUCAUGCUUUCACCUCCUUCAUCUCAAUUCAUGCGGGUGCGAAUAUACAGAGGCUGAUUUAAAAUUUAAAGUUUAUGAGUUUC